UGAACAUACUCCAAAAAGACGUUUAAACGCGCUGGCGGCUUUUUUGCUAUUGAAAAAUUAUUAAAAAUUUGCUUAAUUAAAAUGGAAAAAAGUGAAUUUGAAUUAUUGGAGUUUAAUUUUACUGCCGAACAAAUUACAUUAGAACGUGAACAUUUUAUAAGCAAUUUUCUUGGUAAAAAGUUGGAUUCAAUGAUACAAAAACUUGCAACUUCGGAUGAAAUAUUAGAAUUAUUAAAAGAGAAAAAACAGGAAGUACAAAAAAGUAUUAUGGCUGCAUUUGAAGCAGACAUCCAAGCAGCUGCACAAUUGGACCAAAAAAAUUUUUCGAUUCCCGAUCAUGUCUUGAUAUGCGUCGAAGACGAACAUAUAAAAAAGUAUUCAAAAGAUGCUGUACACCAAACGGAUAAAAAGAUUGAAGAACUAAAAAACACUUAUUUAGAGAAUGCUAUGAUGAUUGAAUCAUUUAAAACUGAAUAUAGCCAAUAUGAGGCCAUUGAAGCCUUUGUAAAUGAUGAGUUGAAUAUUCAAAAAGAAGUACAAGACAGUUUUGCAACAGUUAAUUUGGAAUUGGGUGAAAUUGAACAGUUAUCAAAGCAAAUUGAUAAAUUUAUCCAACCUUAAAUCUAAUAAUUCUAACUACACAAAUAUAUCACUUAAAUAUGCGGUGAACAAAAUGUGAUCAACAUAUCAUUGUUUUUAAUUAAAAAUGAAUUCAUUUCUGUCAACAAAAAUAUA